AUGGGGAAUCUGUUGAAUGAAAUACUGAACACAUUAAAAGUAUUUAAUAUAACACAGGUGUCAGUUGGGGAGUCUUCGGUUCAAUUUGUAUCUUCUGGCCCGAAGAUUACUAUGAUAAGUGCAUGUGACUUUAAUGCAAGCGGAUCUGGUAUAUCCCGUGUCUAUUCAACAGAGGCUCUACUGGCUGGGGUUGUGGGAUGUAUGCAGAUUGAAGAGGUGAAUGAAUCUCUUGUAUUUACACAAGAAACAGAUACAUACAAGAUUGUUAAUACAAUACAGCCACUUCUGCAAGAUGAUUGGUCGUAUGAAAUUCCAGAGGAGUGGAGCACAAAGGUUAUUGUGGAAAUAGAGGCAUUUAAGAAGUUUAUUAACCUUCAGCAGGAAAUAGAAACAUCAGUGUAUCUAUCAAACGGAAACCUAUAUUUUGACAGCGAAGAAGCAAGCAAUACAAGUAUAAUGCAAAUAACACACUUAGACAUUAUGCAGGAGGGAACUGAAAGAGUAACAGUUAAUUUUCCUUCUUUAAAAUAUUUAUCAGGCCUUUUAAGCCGUUGUGAGAGAGUCUCUAUUAUGUAUACAAAAGAGUGUUUAUCCUUUGUGUUAAUGUUCGAGGGUGAUGCAGCCUACCACAGAGCUAUUUUCAGUGGGCUUCAAUAGAAUUUCGGGUUAUUAAGAGACAGCGCGCCAAGCUUAUAUAAGGAGCAGUAAAAUAUAUUUUACUAUUUAUACUGCACAUAAUAAUUCUAGUAGUGUUGGUUAUAUAGCAUUGGCAAAAUCCAGUAUAAUAUUGUAAUAAGU